AUUCGUAUUACCAAACAAAAAAAAAAAAAAAGUCAAUAGUGUUUGUGAUUCAGAUCGAAAUUGGCGCCCCUUUCUCCUGUCCGUGUUCUUCUCACACACAAAAUUCUGCCUUUCCUCUGAAAUUGGUGAAUUGAGAUUGUUGAAAACAGGAAAUUUUUGUUGAUUUUGGAUUUCAAAUCAGUUUCCAAUGUCAUUGCGUAGGCGAACAUUACUCAAAGUGAUCGUCCUCGGCGACAGCGGGGUUGGUAAAACGUCGUUGAUGAAUCAAUAUGUGCAUAAGAAAUUCAGUCAGCAGUAUAAAGCUACUAUUGGGGCGGAUUUCGUAACGAAGGAGCUUCAAAUAGAUGAUCGUCUUGUUACUCUUCAAAUUUGGGACACUGCUGGCCAAGAGAGAUUUCAAAGUCUUGGAGUUGCAUUUUAUAGAGGCGCGGAUUGCUGUGUUUUGGUCUACGACGUUAACGUAAUGAGGUCUUUCGAUACUCUUGACAAUUGGCACGAAGAGUUUCUGAAGCAGGCAAAUCCACCUGAUCCAAAGUCAUUCCCAUUUAUAUUACUAGGAAACAAGAUUGAUAUAGACGGUGGCAAUAGCAGAGUGGUUUCUGAGAAAAAGGCUAGGGAAUGGUGUGCAUCAAAAGGGAACAUCCCAUACUUUGAGACAUCAGCCAAAGAGGAUUACAAUGUCGAUGCAGCAUUCUUUUGUAUUGCAAAGGCUGCCUUAGCCAACGAGCAUGACCAGGACAUAUACUUCCAAGGCAUACAGGAGACUCUCCCAGAAGCUGAUCAACAAGGUGGCUGUGCUUGCUGAUCGGACUUUGCACUAGAUACUGGUUGACUCUGUUCCUAGUGAUUCUUUUUCUUUGAGGCUGUUCUUUGUGGCCUUGCUUUUGCAAACACUGUAUACUAUGUUUCACAAGAUUGAGUUUGGGAAGUGUCCCUUUCCAUUACUACUAUUUAUUCUGGAUGUUGUAAUCUUUUGGUUUGAUCCUCAUUUGAGAUUUUGAGAGGCUUGAGAUUUGCUUCUUCAAUUUUUCAGUAUGCUAUAAAACAUGAUGUGGGCAAUGCUUUUCUUGCA